GCAAUCUGUAGGUCACACCUGUGUCCUUCGGCCUUGUAUGAAGUUGACAUCUGUGUGAAGUGCAGACUUUUUUCCCAAAUUGUUCGAAUAAAUUUUUACCAAACAUGCUGGAUGUCUUUGUAAUAGCUCCAUCGUAAAGAAAAUAUGCUUGUUGAGUUCAGUGAUUUAGAACAUGCAGGAUAAUCAAAGUCUUCGUGUUGCUUAUUAUCGUCUACAUCCUGGACGUAACAGAUUUUGCUGUCAUGGCAGAGGAGUCUUUUCCCGGGAUAUGUGUAUAUUCACUGUUAGCCUUCUUUUAAUUGUUGGGGUCACAGUUCUAUUCUUCACUUUUGAAUGUCGUCUUCUGACUCCAGUCUUGACUCCUGCUGUUCCUAUUUUAGCAGCAAUCCAAUUCUUAUAUGUUGUUACUGCAUUUCUUCGUUCAGCAUUCACAGAUCCGGGAAUUAUACCACGAGCUACACGUCCUGAAAUGGAAUGGACUGAAAUGUCGAUCGGUACUGGAAAUAUACCUAUAAAUGACUUGAAUAACAAAAAUGAACAUGAUUUAAACACAGUUCGAACUUAUCCACCCGGUGCUAGGACACGUCAAAUACUUAUUGGAGAUCAUCUAGUCAAAAUUAAUUAUUGUCAUAGUUGUCGAUUUUUUCGUCCACCUAGAGCAUCACAUUGCUCUUCAUGUGAUAAUUGUGUUGAACGUUUUGAUCAUCAUUGUCCAUGGAUUGGAAAUUGUGUUGGCCAAAGAAACUAUCGUUAUUUUAUAUUGUUCAUAUAUUCCCUGAGUAUUUAUUGUCUUUAUAUUUUGAUAUUUUCUAUAGUCAAUCUAAUUUUAUUAUACGAAAAAUAUGGAGAUAUUGUAACAGCUAUCAAGAUUUCUCCAGCUUCAAUCAUUGAGAUAUUGAUCGCUUUCUCUGCAAUGUGGACAGUAUUCGGUUUAUCCGGCUAUCAUACAACAUUAAUGUGUCGAGGAUUUUCCACACAUGAAGAUAUACGUCAUUUUCCACGAAUAUUAAAACAAGCUGGUCAUAGGAAUCCUUAUUCACGUAAAAAUAUGUUCUGUAAUUUUAUUUAUACACUUUGUGGUCCACAAAUGCCGAGCCUUUUACGUGGUUGGCGGAAAGUUGAUGAAGAUUCAUGGCCAGUCGGUGCUAAAGAAUUGGAUUCUUCUUCAAAUGGACAUAUUCGUGAUUCCACAGACAAUCCAUCAAAUGUAUCUUCUGUUAUUAGCAAGCAUAAUCCACCUAUUCCUUUACCUAUCGAUAUGUUAAAUAAUAUCAAUGCUUUGCAUCACAAUCCUUCAUAUGAUCGAUCAUCUCAUCUCUCUGAAUCACCACCACAACUCCCAAUUAUUCGUCAAGAUGAAUCAUCCAGUGUUUAGACAUGCGAAUUCAAUUUUACAAACUAUGUAUUAUGUAUGUAUAUAUAUAUAUAUAUUUAUAUACUACUUAUAUCGUCCGUCUAUAUGUAUUCAUCAAAUGAGAAUCCAGUUCAAGUUGCUUCAAUAAAUAAAUUGAUGCCUACUAUCGUAACUGCUUAUUCCAUUGCACAGUACAUCAAAUCAUCAUUGAUAUUGGUUCGAUAAUCUUAUUGCCUUCAUACGCAUUAUAUAUAUAUAUAGACUUUAAUGCUUUUCCUUGUAAAUUUAUAUGAUAGAUGUCUUUUUUUUUAAAAGAAAAAUUUGUAAUUCAGAUUUAUACUGUUAGUUAUUUAAUUUUUUAUUUUUUAAAAAUAACAUUUAUUUAAAAUUAUCAGUUUUCGAAAACAUCAACUACUGACUAACUAACUAUAAUAGUCAAUCAGUCAGUAAGUAGUGUUUUCAUUUUACACAAAGUAAUUUUUAUAUUUAAUAAUCUAUUGUUGUAAUACUACUGCAAUGAUUUUAUAUUUGUGUUGUCAAUGAUUUGCUUUGAUUGGUUAACUGACUGACCGAAUAACUGACUGACUCACUGACUGACUGAAUUUUGAUUUGAUUGGUUAGCUGACUGACCGAAUAACUGACUGACUGACUGACUAUUCAAUGUACAUUUUUUAAUGUUGUUGUUGUUGUUGAUAUUUCCACUCAAGAUAACAUGAACACACACACACACAUGUAAAUUAUUAUGCUCUGCUUUUGUGUCUCCUUCUUCUAGUUUAAGUUGUUUUAUAAAUUUUUUUUACAAAAAAAAUAAAACAGAAAGACAAGAAGCAAAGAUUUCUUUCUAUAUGAUUUCUCUAUAUUCUCUCUCUCUCUCCUUGUCUGUUUGUGUCUUUUCAGAGUUUUUCUAUCAUUAUUAUUAUUAUUAUUAUUAUU